AUGCCGACCCUUGCCGACGGUCUCGCCGUCCCCCUCAUCGGCUUCAACGCGUUCGCCACCGCGCUCGGAAAAAUUGACGAGUCGAUCGUGGUGGACGAGAAGACAAUCGGACUCGCCAUUCUGCGGCUCGUCGAGAUGGAGAAGAUCGUUGUGGAGGGCGCGGGUGCAUGCGGCGUGGGCGCCCUGCUGUCCGGCCGCCUCGACAAGUACAAGGGCAAGAAGGUGGUCGUCGUGCUCAGCGGCGGAAAUAUCGACACCACCCAGCUGGGACGCGUCAUGGAGAGGGGCAUGGCGUGGGACAACCGCCUGGUCCGCUUCAAGGUGAGCGUCUCCGACCGGCCGUGGGGCAUCGCCGAACUCACCGAACUCGUCGCCAAGGAGGGCGGAUCGAUCAAGGACAUCUUUUUGGAGCGCUCGUGGACCCGUUCGGACGUGUUCACCGUCCGCACGAAGGUGGUGGCCGAGACCCGCGACUCGAAACAUGCUCGCCGACUCGAGCAGGCGUUGCGGCUGCGAUAUGCCGACGACUGCAUCUUCCACCUCUUUCCCACCGUCGACAUGCAU